AUGCCUGUUAAACAAAAAGCCCGUGUACCAGUUAUUUUUGGUGCCAUGACAUUUGGACGAGAGGGUGUCGAGCAAGCGCGUAUUCACGAUCUUAAGGAAGCUGGUGCUAUGCUGGAUCUUUUCCAAGAACACGGCGGUACAGUUGUCGAUACAGCUCGUGUGUAUGCCCAAGGUUCGUCCGAGGAAUAUCUUGGACAGCUGGAUUGGCAAGAUCGAGGUCUUCGAGUUGACACCAAGCUAUACCCUAACAUCCACGACGGAACCGGGAAAAUUACUCAUUCUGCCGAUGAUCUUCGGAAGCACCUUGAUGAGUCCCUCAACGCGCUCAAGACAGGCAAGAUAGAUCUCUGGUAUCUCCAUGGACCAGACCGCAACACGCCAUUUGAGGAGACUCUGAGAGCCUGCAAUGAACUACACAAGGAAGGAAAGUUCAACAGGCUCGGGCUCAGUAACUACAUGGCCUGGGAGGUUGCCUACAUCAGCGAGCUGUGUAUCCGAGAAGGGUGGAUUCGACCUACAGUUUACCAGGGAGUAUAUAACGCCAUCCACCGAACAGUUGAAAUGGAGUUGUUUCCUUGUCUGAGACACUACGGCAUUACAUUCUAUGCUUUCAGCCCUCUGGCGGGCAGUCAGCUAACUGGUCGGUACAAGCGUGACACUCAGGAUACAGACAUUGAAUCCAUGUCCCGCUUCGAUCCAAACACUUUCCAAGGUCGCAAGUACAGACGGCGAUUCUGGAACGAUGUUAUUUUCGAUGCGGUUGAGCUGAUUAGGGAUGAAGCUGGAAAACAUGGGCUUACAGAGAUGGAUUGUGCUUUCCGCUGGAUUGAACACCAUUCGCAACUAGACCCUGAGCGAGGUGAUUCGGUCAUUAUUGGAGCAAGCAGCAAGAGUCAGUUGGAGCAAAACUUGAACCUUCUGGAGAAGGGUCCUUUACCUAAGGAAGUUGUGGAUGCUCUGGACAGAGCGUGGUUGAUCACCAAGGGCAACGUCAACAAUUAUUGGCAUUAG